GGAUGAGGGAAGAUUCUGCGGUAUAAAGGCGGCGGGGAAGGCGGGAGCCGGCGCAGUUUGAAUCGCGGUGCGGCGGCGGUGGAGGAGGAGGAGGAGGAGGAGGAGCGGGCGCCGGAAUUCGCGGCCGGCAGUCGCGGGCGGCCGGCAGCCCGGGGCCGGGGAGACCACCCUUUUGCUUUUCCUUCCGCCGCCCGCCGCUCGAGCGUCCGCGCGCCUCCGAGGAAGGAAAAUGGCUGGCGGGAAGGCGGGGAAGGACUCCGGCAAGGCCAAGACAAAGGCGGUUUCCCGCUCGCAGCGAGCCGGCCUGCAGUUCCCCGUGGGCCGCAUCCACCGGCACCUCAAGUCGCGGACCACCAGCCACGGAAGGGUGGGGGCCACGGCCGCCGUCUACAGCGCCGCCAUCCUGGAGUACCUCACCGCCGAGGUGCUGGAGCUGGCAGGGAACGCCUCCAAAGACCUGAAGGUGAAGCGGAUCACGCCGCGCCACUUGCAGCUGGCCAUCCGGGGAGACGAAGAGUUGGACUCGCUCAUCAAGGCGACCAUCGCCGGAGGCGGUGUGAUUCCCCACAUUCACAAAUCUCUGAUCGGAAAGAAAGGACAACAGAAGACCGUCUAAAGGAUGCCUGGAUUCUCUGUUCUCUCAGGACUCUAAAUGCUCUAACGACUGUCCAGUGUUGGUGAUUCCAGUGGACUGUAUAUCUCUGUGAAAAAAACACCCGAUUCUGCCUUUUUGUAAUUCUCUCGGAGCAAGUUGGGAGUCUACUGAGCUUUCCAACCAACCAAAUUUCUGCAUUGAAGUCUUAACCAUAUUUAAGUGUUACUGUGGCUUCAAAGAAGCUAUUGAUUCUGAAGUAGUGGGUUUCGAUUGAGUUGACUUUAAAUCUGUUCGGAUUUUAAUUGUGAUGCAGAAGUUAUAGUAACGAGCAUUUGGUUUUGUACAGACUUUAGUUCCCCUCUGGUGGGUGAGUUCAAUAAAGGUCACAUCCAAAACUA